AUGCCUCAUCCGCGCCAGCGCCAGCCUGCAGAGCACCAGACCUCUCCUCGUCCGCCUGAGCCGGAGGGCUCUGCGCUGGCCGGCUCCCCGCAAGGGGCCAGGAGGCUCUCGCAGGCCUUCCUCGGGGCGAGGAGCUCCGGCCGCUUCCCCUUCUCGGCUCUCACCGCUAGAUGGGUGCCGAGGAGCUGCCUGCUUGCGAACGCGCUGCCCAAAGCGGCACCGAAGGUGCUGGAGCAGACGCUGGUGGACCUGGCACCUGUUCUGCCCUCCAAGACCGCAGUGGUGCCAAUCCAACGGCAGUACGAGGAUAUUACAGGAGAGGUGCUGGGUGCCCAGGCUGAAGAAAGCUCUCCAGCAUCACCCACCCACGGCACAGACGUUCUCCCCGGCAGGGUCUCCUUGCCCAGCCUCCCUUUGCCCCAGAGGCUCAGCAGACCCUCCAAGCUGAUGGGAGCCUGGCAGCGCCGCUGCCCCAUCUCCGGGGCCAACAUCCUCUGCAACGAGAAGAGCCAGCUGACCAGGCCCAGCCUGGGAGCCAGCAUCCCACAGUCCUACACAGCACCGGGCAGCCUCUGCAGCGCAGGUGCCAAGCAGCAGCCCCAGCUCCACUUCGACUUGUUCUACUCGCUGGCUGAGGCCAUGCUCACCGUGACGGUCAUCAGCAUCUCCCACCUGCCCAAGGGGCUCCGGGGCACCUGCGACUCUUACGUCAAAGUAUACCUUCUACCACAGUGCAUCAAGCCCCAGCGCACGGCAGCGCGCAGGAAAAGCCUCAACCCCACGUUUCAGGAGCAGUUCCAGUUUGGCCGUUACGGCCUAGAAGAGCUAAAGAGCUUCACCUUGCGCUUUGCUGUCUACAUGAAGUUUCAUAGCCUCAAGGACUCAUUUGUGGGAGAGGUCGUCUUCCCCUGUGCUCAAGCUACCUGGAGCCCAGAGUCAUCUUCUAGCUACAGCCGAGAGCUGUCGACCACCAAAACCAAGCUCAAAAAGUACCAAGCUCUGGCCAACCGGAUCAAGGUAUUGGUCCGCAAGGCAGAGAACCUGGGCCGGCUCACUCGCAUGCCAGGCACGCCAGACCACUAUGUCGUCAUCCACCUUUACCACAACGGUCAGGUCAUCGACACCAAGGAGACCAAGUCCAUCGCUGGCUACAACCCCGUCUGGAACACACCAUUCCUCUUCAACAUCCCUGCUGGGGACAUCCAGCAGCAAGAGCUCUCCUUGGAGUUCACCGUGAUGCAGGCUCCUAUCUACACCCGCAGCUACACCCUGGGCCGGGUGCAGGUCGGCCCCAGCGCCCCCGAGGCAGGGCUGGUGCACUGGAAGGAGAUGUGCGGCCGAGGCCAGGUGGAAUCAGCGCGGUGGCACUUGAUCCAGCCUGAAGCUCUCAGACCCUUCCCUUGA